AAAUUCCGAGGAAGCCAAAUUUUGUGUUUCCUCGGAAUUGCCUCGGAAAUUCCUCGGUAUAUUCCGAGGAAUUCAUUUUUCGUCGGAACGUCCGUCAGAAUACCGCUGUUUUCUUGUAGUGUAUAGGCGUUGCUAAAAAAAUUGUAAAAAAUUAAGAGACAUUUGGCAAAAAUAAAUUGAAUGGUGUUACCGUGGUGGUUUAGUGGUAGAGGAUCAGGACAUUUGGCAUAACUUGUUUUUUGUUCUUAGAUUAGACUCGUAUAAACUUUUUUAUAGUUACAAAAUAGUGACACGUUUUAAAUCCAUUAAAUUUCAAUAAACAGAUCAUUCGAAAGUUUAAGCUUUUAUUCACUCUGCAUAAUUCGUCGUGUCCCAAAGUGAUGGUUAAUUGGUUAACAAAAGAUUGAUUUUUCCAAAAUAUAACCCUCUUCUCAGUGUAUCAGUACAGCCUCGAUAGACAAAUGGGCCACUUGCAUUGUGUUUCAAUCCACAUGUAUACCUUGUUUUAGUUCUUCAUUUCUCUGCUACAUCCAAAAAAAUCAACUAAUUAGUUAAUUUACUAAUCAGCAUUUGUGGCGGAUAGGGUGGCUGAUCAUGCAGUCUGUAAUACAAAGAUGCCACCAGACUUUGUAGGCUCUCUUUUGGAAAAUAAAGCACUUGUUUAAUGUUCGUUUAAUGUACCCAUAAUUAGCUUGGCCCAUUUCAAUCUGUACAUUAUUCUGUUCCUCCUUCCCUCCACAAACCAAAAAAAUCCAGUCUCCCAACUUCUAUCCUCCACUAAAACAACAAUGGCUUCUCCUCUGCAAACACUGACUUCCACAAUGAUUCUGCUAAGCCUGCUUCUUGGAUGUGCAGGGAGAGUGACCGGAAUGCGUCACAUUCCCAACUCCUCCAAUGACACUGAGAUCAAAUAUUCGGACUUUCUUGUAAACCUCGCGCCCCAACCAUCUGGUCUCAUUCCUGGUCUCGGGUGGUUCUUACUGCCACCAAAUCCCAAGAAGCCAUUCCAUUUUUACAAAGCUCCAAUUGCUGCUGCUCCCACCACUUCUUCUUAUGGAAUCCCUAGUAGCUUUGCACCAAACUCUGGAUACGAAGCUUCUGGUCCAAGAUCCAGAGAAGAUCAAGUUCCACCAGUGCCACAACCAUGACUUGAACCUAUCAACGAAUAAGCAUUUGCUAGAUGCAAAAGAGUCUGUAACAAGUCUACUAGUCAUUUCACCAGUCAUAUCUAUGUCAUAUCUCUCUCUCUACUCGCAAGAAAAAAAAUACAAUGUAUUGGAUAUAUCACGAGCAUUUGCUUUUAUGCUGUUACAAAAAAGACAUAACUGCAAACCAAAAAUGUAGUACAGACAAGAACAAUUAGAGUUUGGUCAGAUCAAGACAAAAUCCCAGAAGCUCAUUAAACAAUGAAGAUUAUGAAAACAGACAAGGUCUUUCGUGUCCAAAGCAAACCGAUGUAAGGUUCACGCGCCCAAUACCUUGAAGAUGAUGUAACAAAGGAAGCAGAAAAAUAUAAAGAUGAAAAGAUAGUCAACGAACACGAAUAGCUUCGUCGAUCCAUGGCUUCGCGUUUUCAUCUUCAUCUUAUCCUCUUCCUCCUCGUCGAUGAGCUCAAUCCUCGCCAUUGUCUCCGAGAUUGAUCGAUCUGCUUCUUCUUCUUCUUCUUCUUAUCCGCUCGCGACUUCGCUGCGCGAUACAAAAAAACUAAGCUUGGCAGGCCCAUUAAAUAAGCCCAUAUUAAUAGGGCCCAAUAUAGAGCUCAACAUAUCCAUAUGUAGUGUUGACUAAUCAACUAACAGCUUAUUUGGCGAUUAAACUACCUUCUCCUUCUUGUUGUUCCUUUGUUCACUAGUCUCUUUCCAGUUCCAAAUGAUUGGCAGCGACAACCAUCUAAGGUGGGGAACUACGGCUCCUUUAGCAUCGGAGGAUGAAGGAGAAGGACGUGUUCAGAGCUCGGUGAAUGCGGUGCCGUUUUGUUUGGUGGCAACCGCAGUUUUAAUCUCCAUCUUCUUGUUACUCGCACUCUUUGAGAGGUUCAUGUUCAUUCGACAGACUACACCACCACCUUUCCACCCAAAGCUUCCUCCUUUCGCUUCCCCCAAGAUUGGUGUGUGUGAGAGAGAAAUAUCAGUAUUGAUGCCUGGAGAAGAGGUUCCAACCUUCAUUGCUCAGCCAUGUCCUCCUUCCUACUCAAGAUCAUUCUGAAAAAAAUCUUCUUGAAUUUUCAAUUUUUACCGUUAUUCACUCUCUUAUUAGAACCUUUUUUUUUUGUUUUUAAAAUAAGAACUGGAAAAAGACAAGAGUUUAUGUAGUAGAGUGUUUUUAUAACAGAACAGUGUCUUCUGUUUCUGCUUAGAUCAGAGCAAAAGAGCAGCAAUCUCCAUGAAUAAAGCUAUGGAAUUUUGUGAA